UACCACCAGAAACUCCAUCAAAGCCAAAGGCAAAGCGCGAGGCUUAAGCUUUGAGACUGUUUGUCAUUGUCAGUGGCAGAGUGAGAUUCUUGGAGUGAAGAGUGAUGAAAACCCUAGAGACCUACAACUCCAUCAUCGCCAACUGUUCACCUUCCUCUUACUUCUCUUCUUCUUCUUCUUCUCUAAAAGAGCGUCUUCUUUCUGGAGGACCUGAAUUCAUUUCUUAUCGGAGGCCAUGGAAAUUGGCUAAUUCUGGACUUCAGCAUUUGGUACCUUUGCGCCGUGGAGGCAUCGAUUUCAUUUCUUCUUGCUUCGCUUCAUAUCAGCAGGCAGAUACUAUUCAGAAUGAUGCAGUUGAGAAUCAAGAAACAGAUCAAUCAAAAACUGUUCGUGUCAAAUUCCAGCUACUCAAAGAGUGCACAUUUGGGGAGCAUUUCUAUGUAGUAGGUGACGAUCCAAUUUUUGGUUCCUGGGACGUUACAAGUGCAAUACCUUUAAACUGGGCCGAUGGGCAUCAAUGGGCUGCAGAAGUGGAUAUUCCCGUCGGGAAAAUAAUCCAGUUCAAAUUCAUACUUCAAGGAAUAACUGGAAAUGUCGUAUGGCAACCCGGUCCUGAUCGAACAUUCCAACCCUGGGAAACAUCCAAUACUAUCAUCGUUUCUGAAGAUUGGGAUAGUGCUGAAUCACGGAUACUUAGUGAAGAAGAAAAAAUUGUUAACCAGGAGGAGGAUUCUCCCAUUGCCCCAGAAAAUUUAAUGGAUGAGGACAACCUCACUUAUCCAGAUGAAGAACUGAUCCCCAAUAUAAUUAAGGAUUCAAUAGCACGUAAACCAUCGGUGGAAUUGAUUGAUGGCAGUAACAUCUCUGCUUUAGAAGAAAAUGGCUGUAAUAUCUCUGCUUCUGAAGAGAAUAUCACUAACGUCUCUCUUCCAGAGGGUGACAAUAGCAGCAUUUCCGAUUCAAAUGAUAAUGCUAAAGAUCUCGUGGCAGGGAAUAUAAGUAACAAGGCCGUGAGUGAGGUAUACUUAGAUGAUACAAAGAUAACCGAGGAAAGUUUGGAGAACGAUGCAAAAGAUGAUGGAGUUCAAGAAAGCCCUGUUGAUGAUCAAGUUCCCAUUCUAGUUCCUGGUUUACCUCCAACAGCAACAGCAUCAAAUCAGAAUGCACCUCCACAUGAAGUCGAAGAUGAUGGUUCUGUCUGUGGAAUAAAUGAAUCUAACGAUCAUAAACUACCUGAGUCUCAGAACAUACAAAAGAAUCAGAAACUGGAUCCUGAGGUUGUGGCUGGACAAGAGAUGGAGGCAAAGUCAAGUUAUGAGGAUGACACAAAUAUAAUUGAGAAUCAAUCUGAUUUGCAGGAAAUCAACAACGAUGUCGUCCAAAAUGACUUAACAUGGGGUCAUAAAACCCUGAAGAAGUUCCUAUCCAGUUUAAGACUGCUUUAGCAUCACAACUUUAUUCAGACUUCCAAGAUUUCAAUUUUAGUUCUGUUCUCUAUGUUGUUCCCCAAGAAGAUUUCAACUUUCUGGGACCCAACUGGGUGUAUGGAAGCUGAUGUUGGGAGUUGUAAAUAUGAUCUACUCAUAUAUAUAGUAUACUACUUGGGGGUGUAAAUACAAAGACUACGAAAAUUGGUUCACUGGUGAAUCUGGACUGCAAUGGUAUGAAAGUUUAUAGGUAAUUGCAGAUUUCAAAUAUUUGUUUAGUUUCAUAUAAAUAAGGAUACAUUCUCAAAUUUCAAGUUACCCUUUCUUGUUAUACUCGUAUAUUGUUUUGUUUUCAAGACUAAAUUUAUUCUAUUUUUUUCAUCACCAUCCCAUCAUUCGGAUUUAGUUGCACAUAAGUAACAUGAUUGAUUGAGUUAAUAAUUAACAGAACUUUUAGAUUAACAAUAUUUAUGAAGGGUUAAAAUGUUAAGAAGGCACGUUACCAUCGAGAAGUUUCCAUGUUGCCUAUUGCGUACGCCGUAGGUCGCGGAAGGCUGCCUAUCAAUGUACAAUUUGUCACUUCAAGGCUCUGUCAAAAGUUUUUCGUUAAGGUGUACCUCUCUUGAAAGCAUUUCCACAACUUGCUUCAUGCUUGGCCUUUGAUUUGCAGCGGCUUGGGUACAGAAGAGUGCAACCGUGAUGAAACGCAUAACCUCGGCCUUCGGAUAAUCGAUCAGUUCCGGAUCGAUUAGUUCUACAAGCCGUCCUUCUUGUUUUAAUUUCCAAGUCUACAAAUGGCACGAAUCUAUUUAUCAAAUUGAGGGAAAAUGAUUAUACAUGCAAUGAAGUUUGAUUGAGGAUGCGAAAAAAGAGUUCUGACAAGUUUUUUCUGAGUGAACAACAUUUAAAACUUACCUAGGACUUUUAUCCACCAGGUUAUCAUCAAAGCCUUUAUAUUGUAUCUAUAUCUAUGAUUACAAGCA